CGAAAGCCAGUUCCUGCCUCCCUCUCCCCUCCCGGGCUUGUAGUCCCAGGCUGAAGCUGGCUCCGUGGCUGAAAGGGCUCUUCUGCUCCUGGUGUCCUUGAAGGAGGGCCCUGGACAUUUCACCUUAGAGGAGUGGGGGUCUGCUGGAUCCAGGCCAAAGGAAAGUCAUGGAGGAAAACAAUGGGAAUCUUUCGGCUUCCCUGGGGAAUGUGUGUGAGACAGAAAAUGAAAGGGGAGACCAUCAAAUGUUGGCAGAAAGCAAUAAGGUAUCAGAUGUGGAAGAGAAUUUUGGGAAUCAGCAUGGAAUGAAGCAGAAGGGCAAGCUUAGAAAGAAGCAGAGGAAUAAAUCCAUUGCUUAUGUGGACAGUGACUUCCAUGAAAUAGCAGUUUAUGGAAAAACACAGAAUGCAUCAGGAAGGACCGAGUGCCAUGAGAGUGGGGAAAAGCUUGCUCAUAAGUCAGAACUUGUUAACUAUUGGGAAACGUGCACAGGAAAGAAACCCUUUAAAUGUUUGGAGUGUGGAAAGAGCUUCAGUCAGAGAUAUUGCCUUACUUUACACCAAAGAAUUCACACAGGGGAGAAACCAUAUAAAUGUCUGGAGUGUGGAAAGAGCUUCAGUCGGAGAUAUUGCUUUACUUUACACCAAAGAAUUCACACGGGGGAGAAACCAUAUAAAUGCCUGGAGUGUGGAAAGAGCUUCAGUCAGAGAGGACAUCUUAUCUGCCAUCAAAGAAUUCACACAGGGGAGAAACCCUUUAAAUGCCUGGAGUGUGGAAAGAGCUUCACUGGGAGUAGAGGACUUACCUCCCAUCAUAAAAUUCAUACAGGGGAGAAACCUUUUCAAUGUCUGGAGUGUGGAAAAAGCUUCAGUCGGACAGAUAGCCUUACUUCCCAUCGAAGAAUUCACACAGGGGAGAAACCAUUUAAAUGUUUGGAGUGUGGAAAGAGCUUCAGUCAGAGUGGAAAUCUUACUUCCCAUCAAAUAAUUCACACAGGGGAGAAACCAUUUAAAUGUCUGAAGUGUGGGAAGAGCUUUGGUCUGCGUCAAGGCCUUACUUCCCAUCAAGCAAUGCACAGAGAGGAGAAAGUUUUUAAAUGUCUGGAAUGUGGGAAGAGCUUCAGUAGAAGUGGGGGCCUUAAGACGCAUCACAGAAUCCACACAAUUGAGAAACCAUUUAACUGCUCUGAGUGUGGGAUGAAGUUUCAGAGACGUAGCUACCUGAUCUCCCAUCAAAAAACUCACACAGAGUUGAAACCACAUAAAUGUCUGGAGUGUGGAAUGAGCUUCAUUCGACCUGGUCAACUUACCUCCCAUGAAAGAAUUCACACAGGGGAGAAACCCUUUAAAUGUCUGGAGUGUGGAAAGAGCUUUAGUCACAGUGGACAACUUAUUGCACACCAAAGAAUCCACACGGGGGAGAAACCGUUUAAAUGCCUGGAGUGUGGAAAGAGCUUUCGGCGGCCUGGUCAUCUUACCAGCCAUCAAAGAAUUCACACAGGGGAGAAACCGUUUAAAUGCCUGGAGUGUGGAAAGGGCUUCGGUCGGAGUCAUCAUCUUACGUGCCAUCAAAGAAUUCACACAGGGGAGAAACCAUUUAAAUGCCUGGAGUGUGGGAAGAACUUCGGUAGCCGUGGAAACCUUACUAUGCAUCACAGAAUCCACACAAUGGAGAAGCCAUUUAACUGCCCUCAGUGUGGGAAGAGCUUCAGUCACAGUGGAAGUCUUACCUCCCAUCAAAGAAUUCACACAGAGGAGAAACCAUUUAAAUGUCUGGAGUGUGGAAAGAGCUUCGGUCAGAGUAGAAAUCUUAACAUCCACCAAAGAAUUCACACAGGGGUGAAACCAUAUAAAUGCCUAGAGUGUGGAAAGAGCUUCAGUCACAGUGGAAGUCUUACCUCCCAUCAAAGAAUUCACACAGGCGAGAAAACAUUUAAAUGUCUGGAGUGUGGAAAGAGCUUCGGUCAGAGUUAUCAUCUUACCUCCCAUCAAAGAAUUCACACAGGGGAGAAACCAUUUAAAUGUCUGAAGUGUGGAAAGAGCUUUGGUCAGAGUAGAAAUCUUAACAUCCAUCAAAGAAUUCACACAGGGGUGAAACCAUAUAAAUGCCUAGAGUGUGGAAAGAACUUUAGUCAAAAUGGACACCUUAUUGUACACCGCAGAAUGCACACGGGGGAGAAACCCUUUAAAUGCCUGGAGUGUGGAAAGAGCUUCAGUUACAGUGGAAGUCUUACCAUCCAUCGAAGAAUUCACACAGGGGAGAAACCCUUUAAAUGCCUGAAGUGUGGAAAGACGUUUAGUGACAAUGGACACCUUAUUGCACACCGCAGAAUGCACACGGGGGAGAAACCCUUUAAAUGCCUGGAGUGUGGAAAGAGCUUCAGAUACAGUGGAAGUCUUGCCUCCCAUCAAAUAAUUCACACAGGGGAGAAACCAUUUAAAUGUGUGGAGUGUGGAAAGAGCUUCAAUCGGAGAGAUUAUCUUACUUUCCAUCAAAACAUUCACACAGGGGUGAAACCAUAUAAAUGCCUGGAGUGUGGAAAGAGCUUUACUCAGAGUGGAAAUUUUAUCUCACACUGCAGAAUACACACAGGGGAGAAACCCUUUAAAUGCUUGGUGUGUGGAAAGAGCUUUCGUCAGAGUGGAGAUCUUACAGUACAUUGCAGAAUUCACACAGGGGAGAAACCCUUUAAGUGUCUGGAGUGUGGAAAGAGCUUUGGUCUGCGUCAAAACUUCACUCGCCAUCAAGCAAUUCACAAAAGAAAAAGCUUUUAAAUGUCCAGAAUGUGGGUAGAGCUUCAGUAGAAGUGGAGGCCUUAUUAUGCAUCGCAGAAUCCCCAAGAGGGAGAAACAAUUUAACUGCCCUGAGUGUGGGAUGAAGUUUCGGACAAGUGGCUUCCUGACCUCCAUCAAAAAAUUUACAUAGGGGUGAAACCCUUUAACUGCCUGGAGUGUGGGAGGAGCUUCAGUUAGAAGCAUUACCUUACUUCCCAUCAAAUAAUUCAUACUGAAGAGAAAACAUUUUAAUUCCUAGAGUGUGGGAAGAGCUUCCAUAGGGUCCAGGAACUUACUGUACACCAAAAAAGUCACAUAGGGGAGAAACCUUUUAAAUGGUAACCUCAAGACUAGAUGACUGUGAUGUGCUUUGUGUGGGGCUGCCCUUAAGGCUGCUCCAGAAACUGGAGCUAGUGCAGAACGCAGCAGCUCGGCUGUUGUCAGGAGCUGCUUUUCAGCAUAUCACUCCUUUGCUGAGGGAACAGCACUGGUUGCUUAAAGGUUACCAGGCGAGGUUUAAGGUUUUGGAACUAGCCUACAAAGCCCUGCAUAGGACCAGGAUGCCUUCUUCCUUACCAACAUGGCUAGUCCCUAAGGUCAUUGGAGGGUGUGCUCCUAAUAGUUCCACAUCGACCUUUGGCCCAAUUUGAACCCACCAGGAGAAGAGCCUUUAGCGUGGUGGCUUCUGUCUUUGGAACUCCCUGCCCCUGGAGGUCAGUCAGGUGCCACCACUAGGCUGCUUACGGCGCCUCCUGACACGAGUCUAUUUCAUGAAGCCUUCAAUUGAAUCAAUUUUAAUUUGCUUUUUAAAUCUUUUUACUGUUUAUAUCCCUAUGUGCACUGCUCCAGAAUCUACUUUAGAUAGGGAGCGGUAUAUAAAUAUUGUAAAUAAAUAUUUAGCAUUCAAGAAAGCUAUCAAGACUGAUCUCUUCCGGCAGGCCUAUC